CACACGUGUCACGUCAGAGAAGCUCAGCCUAGCAGUGACAGGACCAACAGGGGAGGAGGACUCAUCGUAUUAUCCAGCAAGGCAAAGAGGAUAAAGGGACGCUCACUUUUUUGGCACAAAUAACCUCACUUUUGUUCAGUCAUUGUUAACAGUAUGCCUGUCGUCAGAACCCUCAGCAAGGUGGCCAAGCAGGCCCUGCUCAGCACCCCAGGGUGCGGUUGCCAGCCCCUCACAGUGGCGGUACGCAACAUCAGCUUCUCCCCCCGUCAGGUGACGUCUGACGCCAGCUUCCACUCCGUGUCCUUCUCAGAGACAGACCAUCCCAAGGUGCUCAUUACAGGUGGCCUUGGACAGCUUGGCGUCGGUCUUGCCAAAUUGUUGCGAAAGAGGUUUGGAAACAACAAUGUUAUUCUGUCUGACAUCAGAAAGCCACCAAGCCACGUAUUCCACAGUGGCCCCUUCAUCUACUCAGACAUCUUGGACUACAAGAACCUACGUGAAAUUGUGGUGAACAAUCGUAUCACUUGGCUAGUUCACUACAGUGCUCUCCUCAGUGCUGUAGGAGAGGCUAAUGUACCUCUGGCACGAGCUGUGAACAUCACUGGGCUUCACAACAUCCUGGACAUUGCAGCAGAACACGGCUUGCGUCUCUUUGUUCCCAGCACCAUUGGCGCCUUCGGUCCCACUUCUCCACGCAACCCUACCCCAGAUCUCUGUGUGCAGAGGCCACGCACCAUCUAUGGCGUCUCCAAAGUUCAUGCUGAGCUGAUGGGUGAAUACUACCACCACCGUUAUGGGCUGGAUUUCCGCUGUCUCCGUUAUCCAGGAAUCAUCUCCGCUGACUCCCAGCCUGGUGGUGGCACAACAGACUAUGCUGUCCAGAUUUUCCAUGAUGCAGUCAAAACAGGCAAAUUCGAGUGCAAUCUGAAGCCUGACACACGGCUGCCUAUGAUGUACAUCGACGACUGCUUGCGUGCCACCCUGGAGGUGAUGGAGGCACCAGCUGACACACUGAGCAUGAGGACCUACAACAUCAAUGCCAUGAGCUUUACCCCUGAAGAACUGGUCCAGGAGGUCCAGAAGCAGCUGCCCGAUCUGGAAGUGACAUAUGAUGUUGACACUGUCCGCCAGGCUAUUGCUGACAGUUGGCCAAUGAACUUCGAUGACAGCAACGCACGGAACGACUGGGGCUGGAAGCACGAUUAUGACCUCCCAGAGCUUGUCCAGACAAUGCUCAACUUCAUUGGCUCAGAAACUCGCAUUGCCCGUGCUAACUGAGAGUGCAAAUCAGUCAGAGUAUUCUUUGUACAUACUGUAAAGACUGGUCAAAGAGAAUGGAGAAACCUGGCCUGUAAAUAGUCUUUUUCUCUCUCUUCUCUCUGUAAUUCGGAAGGGCUCUGUUUGCCUGGCACAAGGUCAACAUUUCUACAGAAUGUGAAGGCCAUGUCACCGAGCAGGCUAGACAAUCCCCCCCAAAACCUGUCUGUCUACCCCUCCCUUGCUCUCUGCCACUCUCUUUCUUUCUGCUUGGAGGUUUGGAUGAAGAGUAGUUUGUCAACAGAAGGCUAUCAGAAGAAUCAGCAAUGAAAACAAGGGCCUUUGAAACCUUUUUUUCUUAAAUGAAAAGGAAGAUGUCUUGCCUGUCUGUGAAUUGUAUGCUGUUAGCAUUGCAAUGUUUUCAAAAAUCAAGCAAAGUGAACAAGUGAAUGUUGCAUCAGGAAUUCAUGUGUGUUUGAAACCCUUUGUCUUUGGUAUCUAAAUCUGUAAGGGUUAUAUUUUCUGUUCUGAUUUUGAGGAUUCAGGUAUGCAAGGCCCAAACCUCUCAAGACCAAAAUCAAGUAAAUAAAGAGUUUGAAUUGAGAGGUUUACAAAAAAUACAUAUGUGGUGUCCUUUGAUGCACUUUAAAAAGAUUAAAAUCUUUAAAAUAGCUGACGAAUAAAUGAGGGGAAUUGCAGAGGGAGGGCAUUUCCUGACAGUGCAUCUGUAUUUAGGGCAGUUUGGAGCAACUCAUUUGAGUGAUAAUAUAUUGUUCUUCUGUUUAUUCCAUAUAUAUUACAUUCUUUAUUUAUUCUGUUCAUUGCUGGUAAAUGUGUGGAAAUGACGCUGAGUAAAAGCGCAGUUACGCACUUGUUUAUAAGUGUUCCUAUCCACCUGUAUGCCAUAUUUUUUUCACCAACUCGGGGGUUUUUAACACAAAAGGGAACUAUGACAUCUGCUCUAUUUACAUUGGGCCACAUUUUGUGGUUCUGCAUUUUUCAAUGUUCUGCAAAAGGAACACAUUGGUUUCUAUAUAAAAGUCUUAGAAAGUUCUGUCUGUUCUUUCAAUCAGAAAAGAAGCUUUGACAAUAAAACUUUUUACUCCA